UAAAAUUAAUGGAUGACGAUUUCGUGUGUUAGUAUGAUGGCCAUGAUGAAGAUGAAAUUCUUGGUUUCUGUCUGAAUAGUAAAUGCAAAGAAAAUUCACAGUUUUGCUUAAAAUGCUGUUGGGAUAAACAUAGCAGUCACGAAGAUGAAUGCAAAACAUUUAAGCAGAUUUCGAGAACAAUUGCAAGCAACAAAGUACUGGAGGAAAAGCAAAAAGAAUAGCUAGUUAACAAAAUCAAAGAAAUAUAAAAUUUGUGUGAACAAAUUACUCAGCAAAAGAAUGUGGACGCUGAGAAAUUGUAGGCUUUAGAGAAAGAUUUGAAGGAUAAAGAAUACAAAAAAUGCUUAGAUCACAUACCACUUUUUAAAUAAUAUUGUCAAUAUUUACAAUGUAAUACACAAUGUAAUAAACAUCAUCUAUAUAUUAUUAGAGGUGUUAUUAGAAGAAUUAGAUUAAGGUUUAAAAUCACUUAAAUUGUUCACUUUAGGAGUCUCUGAAAUUUUGGAAUAAGCAAAAAGUAUUCAUUAAAUAUAAAAAUAAGUAUUGGACAAAUAGAGCAUCUCAAACAAAUCUGAGAUAGCAAAAGAGUAGAUACCAGCCAAAGUUGAAGUAUUAAAAACAGGUUAUUAUAAUAUUUAUGAAUGCAGAUUAAGAAGUCUAAGUGAAUAUUGAAUUACCAGUAUAGACUCAGAAAAAAAAUGAAAUUGAAAUUGUGGAGAAUAAAGAAUAUGCAAAACCAGCAACCUAAGCAGUGCCUUCUAGAGGAUUACCACCUUAAGUACUAUUAGUUUAUAUUUUAGACACAACAACCACCUUCUGCUUAUAAUUAUUAACAACCUUCCUCUGGUUCAGGUUAUUAAUAACCCAAACCAUAGAAUCCUUCUGCUGGUUAAAAUACAUCCUCUCAUACGUAACCCCCAUAAGGUUCAAAUCCACCAAAGACAUAUUCACAACCAAAUCAAUAUCAACAACCAAAUCAGUAUCAACAACCAAAUCAGUAUCAACAAUAAAAUCAAACAAAUAAAUCAUAUUAGCCACCCUCUGGAUCAAGUUCUAUAAAUUCACAACCAUAUUAACCACAUUCAGGAUCAAGUUCUAUAAACUAACAAUCAUAUUCUCAGCAAUCUGGUAAAGUUCCUCCUCCCUAAACAAAACCCAAUUAAUAACCUAGUUCACAUCCAUAAAAUUAACAGUAUAAACCUCCAAAUCAAAAUCCAAAUCAAAAUCCAACAGUGUAGAAAACAAACCCUCCUCCAGUCACUCAAUCAUAGAUACAAAAAUAUUAACCUUAAAAAUAAGAAUAACAAAUGGAUCCUCAAUAAUUAUUGAAUUUAUUGAGCAGCAGCGGAAACGAAGGUUUAAUGAAAUAAGCAAUCGAAUAUGCAUUACAAUAAGAAUUUAAUAAAUAAUAAAAGUAUAAAAUUAUUAAACCUAAGGAAUGGUAAUCAACCAGCCCCUAAAAUAUAGCUUGAUACAGAACAAGUAAAAUAUUAUUCGAGUUUAAUAGAAGCUGAGUAGCUUUUAAAGAAAAGUAAGUAUCAUUACCUAAAAUAAGGUGCUGAAUUAUUGCAAUAAGAAAAAUAUAAAGAAGCAUUAGACUUUAUCAAUAAAGCAAAUGUUAAUGCAGUUGUCGACAAUAUUUAAAUUUUAUAAAUAAAAUGUACUUGAAUUUCUUAAUUUUAGGGAAAUGCUUACUUAAAUUGAAUUAAUUGGAGGAAGCUCUCUAGAUUUGUAAUCAGAUAAUUGAGUUAAAUCAAGACGAUACAAAAUUCUUGGCUAUCAAAGGUAAAAUGAAUGGCAAUCUAUUUUUUAGGAUUGACUUUACAUCAAUUAAACAGAUACGAAGAAGCAAUGGAGUUAUUCGAUAUAGCCACUGAAAUCAACCCAGAUGAAUUCAAUGGCUUUUUCCAUAAAGGUUUUUUGUGUUUUAUAUUUCCUCAUAGGAUAAACCUUGCUAGUAUUGAAGAAAUAUGAAGAAGCCAUCAAAUGUUUUGAAAGAGCAAUUGAAAUUGAUCCUGAAAGUGAGCAUUCAUACUUUUUAUUGGGUAUCAAAAUAAUACAUUUUAGGAAAUGCAUUAAAGAAAUUAGAGAAAUUCAAUCAAGCUGUUGAAAAUUACAACAUAACAGUUAACAUAAACCCAUAAAAUCAAGUUGCCCUUACCUUUAAAGGUAAAUAUUACAAUGGAUGUUAUUAGCUCAAUGUCUAAUUGAAUUAAAAGUGUAUGAAGAAGCAAUUAAGGCUGCAGAUGCUGCAUUAUCAAUAAAUGAGAAUAAUUCUCUUGCCCUAUACUCUAAAGGUUAUAUAUUAUUAAUUCUUAAGGACUUGGAUUGUUUAAAGUAGAGGCUUUCAAAGAAGCACUUAGUUGUUUGGAGAAAGCGAUCUUAAUAGAUGCUUCUAUGCAUGAAGCUCCGGCCUUAAGAGGUUACUAUUUUUUAGAUUUUUAGGCGAAAUCUUCCAUAAAAUGGAAAAAUAUUUGGCUGCAGUAUAAUCCUAUGAUUAGGCUCUUUUAAUAUCCCAAGACCCUUAGUAUAUGUUGAAAAAAGGUAUUUCAAUUCUUAAUAUUCACAGCUGAGUCCUUAAGAGCAUUGGAAAAAGUUGAAGAAGCAGAUAUUUUAUAAAAUUAAGCAUAAUAGCUUAUAGACUAAUAAAAAAAGCCUAAGGAUAAGGAUAAGGAACAAUAAACAAUUUGAGAUGAAAUAUUUAUAAUAAUA